UAAAGGAAAAAGGAGAAAUCCUCUCCAUGACUUCAAAAAAACAGGAGAGUUGAUGCUCAUUAAAGUAAACAAAACACUGGAAGUAAAAACCAAGCUGUUAAAUACCACUGAGCAAUGUGCCAAGAGAUGCAGCAGGAACAAAGGCCUUCUGUUCACUUGCAAGGCCUUUGCUUAUGACAGAGUUACAAAACGGUGCCAUUGGUUAUCCUUCAACAGCUUGACAAAUGGUGUGAGAAAGAAGCAAGACCAUGCGUUUGAUCUGUAUGAGAAGAAGGACUAUGUCAGGAAUUGUAUCAUCGGAAAAGGAGCAGACUACAAAGGAACAAUAUCCAUUACCAAAAGUGGUAUCCAGUGUCAAGCCUGGAAUUCAAUGAUCCCUCAUGAGCACAGCUUUUUGCCUUCGAGCUAUCGGGGUAAAGACCUGCGGGAAAACUACUGUCGAAACCCCCGAGGGGAAGAGGGAGGGCCGUGGUGUUUCACCACCAGUCCGGAGAUGCGCCAUGAAGUCUGCAACAUCCCCCUUUGUUCACAAGUUGAAUGCAUGACUUGCAAUGGAGAGAGUUACAGAGGGCCAAUGGAUCACACCGAGUCGGGCAAGGAGUGUCAGCGCUGGGAUCUUCAGAGACCACACAAGCACAAAUUUCGCCCAGAGAGAUAUCCUGACAAGGGCUUUGAUGAUAAUUACUGCCGCAAUCCUGAUGGCAAGCUGAGACCAUGGUGCUACACUCUUGACCCUAACACCCCCUGGGAGUUCUGUGCAAUUAAAACGUGUGAUGAAAGUGUUGUGAACAGCACAGAGGCAGCACCUGAGACGUCAACUUGCAUUCAGGGACAGGGUGAGGGUUAUCGAGGCAUGGUCAACACCAUAUGGAGUGGAAUCCAGUGCCAGCGGUGGGAUUCCCAGUUUCCUCACCAGCACAACAUCACUCCUGAGAACUUCAAGUGCAAGGAUUUGAGGGAGAACUACUGCCGAAAUCCAGAUGGAUCUGAAUCACCCUGGUGUUUUACCACUGACCCAAACAUCCGUAUCGGUUAUUGCUCCCAGAUUCCUAAGUGCGAUGUAUCAAGUGAACAAGAUUGUUAUCGUGGCAAUGGCAAGAGUUACAUGGGGAAUCUAUCCAAGACAAGAUUUGGGCUAACUUGCUCCACAUGGGACAAGAAUAUUGAAGACUUACGUAGGCAUAUACAAAUAUUCAGAGAACCAGAUGUUAGUAAACUGAAGAAAAACUAUUGCCGCAAUCCAGAUGAUGAUUUUCAUGGUCCCUGGUGUUACACAGAUGACCCUCUCGUCCCCUGGGAUUACUGCCCUAUUUCUCGAUGUGAAGGUGAUACAACUCCUACUACAACCAACUUGGAUGAUACUGUCAUUCCUUGUGCCUCAACAAAACAUUUGAGAGUUGUAAAUGGAAUCCCAACACAAACUAACGAAGGAUGGGUGGUUAGUUUAACAUACAGGAAUAAGCAUAUCUGUGGAGGUACUUUGAUAAAGGAAGAGUGGGUUCUAACAGCAAGGCAGUGUUUUCCUUCUCGGUACAAAGAUUUGAAAGACUACAAAGCCUGGCUUGGAGUCCAUAAUAUCAAAGGAAAGGGAGAGGCGAAGCAUAGACAAGUUCUGAAUAUCUCCCAACUGGUAUAUGGCCCCCCAGGGUCAGAUUUGGUCUUACUGAAACUUAGCAGACCUGCUAUAUUGACAAAUUUUGUAGAAAUAAUCCGAUUGCCCAUUUCUGGAUGUACCAUUCCAGAGAAGACCAGUUGCAGUAUUUAUGGAUGGGGAUACACUGGAUUAACUAAUUAUGAUGGCCUUCUCCGGGUAGCAAACCUGUUUAUUUUGGGAAAUGAGAAAUGCAACCAAUAUCUCAAAGGGAAGAUCACUGUGAAUGAGUCAGAAAUCUGUGCUGUGGCUGAAACCAUUGGUGCUGGGCCUUGUGAGCGAGAUUAUGGUGGUCCCUUGGUAUGUGAACAAAACAGGCUGAAGAUAGUAGUUGGUGUCAUUGUUCCUGGCCGCGGAUGUGCCAUUCGAAAUCGUCCUGGGAUUUUUGUUCGGGUCUCAUAUUAUUCUCGGUGGAUACACAAGAUUAUGAUGACCUACAGAAAACCCUGAAAAACUCAGCAACUUCCAUUCAAAAGAAGAUUUUGGACAGCAUGGAAUUAAUAUGUAACAUAAAGAUCAACAAUUUUUUAAUUACUUGAUAGUCAAGUUUGUUGAGCUUCUUUUAAUAUUUAUGGGUGUUUUGGGGUGUUUUUGUCUACCUGUGUUGUUUUAUAAAUGUUGGAAUGACUUACAGUAUACGCAAGUAUGGUGACAUAUCUCCUGAAGAUACUUGAAUGGGUAAACAAUUUUGCAAAGAUAUUAUUACUGGAUGAUAAAUGGUGUCGUAGAAAUGAUCACACGACCUAUUUUAUGCUGCUCUUCAGAUUAUCUUAGAAGGAGAAACAAGUUAGAGUUUUAUUUAACACAUCUUAUUCUUUUUAUGAGCCAUAUAUUUCUCUUCAUAUAUGACAAAAGAUCUACUGAGAGAUAUAUGCAUCUGUCAAGGACAGCAUAUAUGAUCAUACUUCUCUUCCCCACUUUUAAGAGGUCAAAGACUUCAAUAUUUCAUUAAAAAAUAAUCUCUUUAGAAAUUAAUCUUUUCAUUAUUGAUGGACUUUGACAAACCUGCCAUAAGCAGAGUUCUCAUAGAAGUCCAUAUCACUUCCUUUUACACAGCGUUUGUAGACUCUAGUUCUGCAUUUGGCUCCUUCUGUGUGUAUGUGUUCCCCUAACAGAUAUCUCAAAAGCCCUUUUGGAUGAGAGAAGACACGGAAGUGGAUUGGUUAGUAAACUAUCGAUUGUUUGUAUAAAGUUAGUCCUAGAAAUAGCUAUGAAUUUACAAUGCUAGAAGGAGUAUUUCAUGCAGUUUGAAAAAUUAAUCCUGAUUAGCUAUUGGCAGACUUUGGCCAUUAAAAGAAAUUUCAGUCAAAUAUGCCCAAUCUUUCUCGACAGACAAGUGUUAAAAAUUCAGUUGAUUCUAGUUAUUUCAUGAAAGUAACUCUAUUUACAGCAGG